GUAGAAAGCUCCUUCUUAUUCAUCAUUUAGGAAUACAAACAUGGAAAUUAGACAAAUGUUAUUUGCCACAUCAUUUUAUUACAUUACCGUUGUUAUCUUUAAGUGAAAUAUUUAGCUAUAAAAACUAACACGAGCCAUGAAAUUAGUAAAUCUUGCCUACCUACCACAUCCACUUGGUGGUUAUAGUUUCUCCAAUUGGAAGCAGGUACCAUUUAAUGGUUUCCCUCCUAAUAGGGGACUUUUCCAUUUUGGUCAAUUCCCACAUAUGGUAUUCACAUGCACAUAAUUUCAGACAUUAGGAACAUAUUACUCACUAUGCAAAAUAUGUUGGGCCCAAAAUGCAAGGAAUUGGAAGGAGAAAUCAAGAGCUUAAUGAAGGUAUCACUGCCUUCUUGAUUACAUGGCUCACAAGCUUCAAGCUCAUCCUUUUCACCUUUGACUUGGGCCCACUCUCUUCAAACCCACCAAAGUCUCUUCCUUUCUUCCUCUCCUUUGCUUGCCUACCCCUUAGAGGGAUCACCCAAAACCAAAAUCAACCAUACCCAUCUAACCAAACUCACCAAAAUCACUCAAAAGACAAUGUAAGAAAGGAAAAGCUUCAUUUCAUUAUUUUCCCUAUCAAGGCCUUGCUUUUUGGGGUGUUAUUGAUGGGCCUUAAUGACCACAAACAAAAGCUUAACCACACAGUUAUUGUUGGCCUAUAUUGUAUCCUUGUUUAUCUAUUAGUAGAUAUUGUUGUGGGACUUUGCAACAUUGUGGCCAAUGCUGCACUUGGGAUUGAGCUAGAACUACCCUCUAAUGAGCCUUACUUGUCCACUUCAUUGCAAGAAUUCUGGGGAAGGAGGUGGAACCUCAUUGUAACAAAUCUUCUUAGACACACUAUAUACAUUCCUGUGAGAACUGCACUGUCCAGGACGGUAUUGGGCCCCCAAUGGGCCUCAGUUCCCGGAGUCAUGGCGUCUUUCGUGGUGUCCGGGAUAAUGCACGAGCUGUUGUUCUAUUACGUCACACGUGCUGCUCCCACGUGGGAGGUCACGUGCUUCUUUGUCUUGCAUGGGGGGUGUGUAGUUGUGGAGUUUUGUGUGAUGAAGUGGUUGGGAGUGGGACACAAAGGGAUGCUACAUUGGGCUAUUUCAGGGCCUGUUACGGUGGUGUUUGUGGUGGCCACCGCCGUAUGGCUCUUCUUUCCGCCGCUGUUGCGUGAUGGGGCUGAUGAGAGAGCCCUGGAGGAGUUCAGGAAUUUAGUUGAUUGUAUAAAGGAAACAUUUUAAAAAAUGAUGCUACAUUGCUACAUGAAUACAUAUCGUUAUAUUUCUGAAAUUUUUUUACCCUAAUUAUAUGUUCUACUUCAGUUAUUCAUUUUGUUUUCAAGUACAGAGAGGAGUAUAUGCCGAUUUUGUGAUAUACUUCCAAAUGUGAGAAAUGUGCAAAUAAAUUAUUUGCAGCAAA